AGGCAAUUGAGGCGGGGCAGAGAGGCUGGGAGGAGUGGGAGGGGAGGGAGGUGAAGCGUAUACAGUAGGGAGGAGGAGAUGGGUCAGUCCAGAAGGCCAAUAAACACCUCGGAAGGAGGCCCUGCCCCCUACGACCCCGCCCUCAGGAAGAGCAGCAGCCGCCAUGGAGGAAUAUCAGCCCCACAAUGAUGAGAUUGUUUUCAAUGCUGAUGAAGCACACAAUAUUGUGAAAGAGUGUAUAGAUGCUAUAUUGGGUGGCGUGGAUUAUAAUCAGAAUAAUGUCAAUCAGUGGACUGCAGCUAUAGUGGAACAAUCCUUAACCCAUUUGGUAAAGUUAGGGAAGACAUAUAAAUAUAUUGUUACUUGUGCAGUGAUGCAGAAGAGUGGAUCUGGUUUACACACAGCCAGCUCAUGUUUUUGGGAUACUACAUCUGAUGGAACCUGUACCAUAAGAUGGGAGAAUCAAACUAUGAACUGUAUUGUCAAUGUUUUUGCCAUUGCUAUUAUCCUGUAGCUAAAUGGAAAUAUUAUACCAGCGCCUUUAAUAUAAGAAAUUAUCAAAAUGUUCUUGAUGGAACUGUUCAUAGUAUUAUUUAAUUACCUUAUUAUUGCACAAGAAGUGAAAGUGUGCAAUUGGCUUCAGAACAGUAAAAAGUAAACCUUAUAACUAAUCUUAUAACAUAGCAUACUUUAAUUAAACACUUGCAUAGUUAGAAAAACAUUAAACCCAGAAAAAUAAGGCAUUAGAUUUAAAUACUGUAUUUAUAUUUGCACCAGCUUUCCAUUAACACUAUGUAUCCAGAGAAAUGGAGGAAUUAAAAUUAGGAUAAUAAAGUUCUCUUGUUUUAGAAAAAUAACAUUCUAUCUGCCAAGUAUAUAAAUUUACCCAAGUUCUUAGUUCAGUAAUUAUCAGUGCCUCUUUUGAUUAUACAAACAAGAUAGCAUAAGUAUUCUAUGUUUUUCUUUUUAUCGAGUACUAUUAUAUAGUAACUAGAAUUAACUUGGUUUUCCCCCCAAGUAAUUAUUUAAUAAUUUGUUGCCUUUAAUUCCAAAAUCCGGAGUUCAUAAUUGAACAAUAUGGAUGAAUUGAUUUCUCUAGCCUAAUAAAAGUCACUGUAGAAUAAAUAACAACACGUACUAAUUCAACAAUAAUUGUCUUUCAAAUCAUUCUGUGUUCAACAAAUACAUGUUGAUUACCCACUAUGUGCAGCAUUCUGUUUAAUUACCACAUUGCUGGUGCCUUCCACCCAGUUUGGAAACUGUAGCAUAUAUAAUUUGGGUUGUGGAUAUGUGAAUUAAACCAUUUGGUUUGCAAUUUAGAGUAUAUAAGACAGUGGUAGUUAAUUAAUUUUAAGAGGAAAAUAAAAUGAGCAGAAGCCAUGCAGAAGUUAGUUAAAUCAUGUUCUUGCUAUAAAUAGAUUUUAUUUACCAUUGUAGACAUGACUUAGAGAAAUAUUUAAAGAGAGUUGGUUAGACUAAAUAUGCACAUUUAAUUUUGUUCUUAGUUUCAUAACUAGGGAGUUGUAUUUAUUGUUUUGAUUAUUAACUGACAUUUGUGAAUCACCUAUAUGAAGUUUAAAAUAUAGAGAGUAAGUUAUAAAUGUAAAGUGUAUAUUCAUUAGCAAGUUAUAACUCAGGGCUUAUGAUAUGUAGAAAAAUAUAUUGAGAGGUAAAGACUUUAAAUUAGUAUACACACAGCUGGGCUACCAAAUGCGAAGUCAAUCUGCUGUCUAAGCAAGAAAAUAAAGUUAUAAAUACAAAUAGUCUUAAUACUGAGUAAAUCUAUAGAGUAAAACGAACACAUUGAACUUUUGAAGAAAGGGUUAGUGGUGAUGAGUAAAAGGAUAAUGGGGCAUAAAGUGGUUAUAUUUGCAUGUUUGUAUUUUAGAUAUGUAACAGACAGAUGCAUAUUCAAAAAAGAUAAGUUCAUUUUAAAUGCAGUAGUGUACCAUUUUUGGUACAUCAAAAUUUAUCUCAAUUAUUACUUUGAUGCUAUUUUUCUUGAACUUGAAGAUUGUACUAGAGUGAUCAAAAUGCUAAUGUAAUUGAGUGAUGUUAGUUAAUCUCAGUUUCUUAAAAAAAAAUCAUAGAAACAUAAACCUUGUAAAAUCAUGUUUUAAAGAAUUUGCUUGAUACUGUUUCUGUAGCUGAAAGAUAAUAAAGAUUGUCUGCCUUACAAAUA